AUGGAUGAUGUGGUUGAGACACCGUUAAUUUGUGAAAAUUGUUCGCUCUUGGGGAAUGGUAGAAUUUUCCAGAUUGAUCUUAUUUCUUUACCACUUAAGAAGGUUGAUGUGGUUUCGGGGAUGGAUUGGCUUUCCGCCAACUCGGUGUUUAUUGGUUGUGAAGAGAAGUUGAUUAUCAUUCCAUCUAGUGAAGCUACUCCAAAGGAUGUGCUAACUACUAUCUUGGAAGGUACAGUUGGCAUGGUUAAUUUCUUAUUUGAGAAUGAAAAGUCAGUUCUCUUGGUUCUUACCAAGGAGCCUAGCCAUAAUCUGAGUGUUACACAAAUCCCUGCUGUUUGUGAAUUCCUGGAAGUUUUUCCUGAGGAUGUUACCUCUCUUCCUCCUUAA